CCCAACCCAUCAGGAAGACAACAGAUUUUUGUUGGGAUGCUGAUUUGCGGCUGUCGGUGUUGAUUUGCAGCUCACGUCAUUUUCGCCCAGAGGCGAAGAUAAUAAUAAAAUGCCAUUAUUUGAUGGUCUGGGCAGCGGAGGAGAGAAGACUGCGAUCGUCAUUGAUUUAGGAGCAGCAUACACAAAAUGUGGCUUCGCAGGGGAAACGGGGCCCAGGUUCAUAAUUCCGAGCGAGAUCCGGAAACCAGGACAGCAGCAGGCUGUCAAGGUGGUUCAGUACAACAUCAACACAGAAGAGCUUUAUGUCAUACUCAAAGAGUUUAUCCACAUACUGUACUUCAGACACCUGCUGGUGAACCCUCGCGACAGAAGAGUGGUCAUCAUCGAGUCCAUCCUCUGCCCUUCUCACUUCAGAGAGACUCUCACCAAGGUGUUCUUCAAACAGUUUGAGGUGCCCUCUGUGCUGUUUGCCCCAAGUCACCUUAUGGCCAUCAUGACUUUGGGCAUCAACUCUGGCCUGGUGAUGGACUGUGGCCACACAGAGACACUGGUGCUGCCUGUGUAUGAGUGCACUCCCAUUCUUCCAGCCUGGGAGGCCCUGCCUUUGGGAGGGAAAGCCAUUCACAAAGAGUUAGACGGCCUUCUCGUGGAACAGUGCACGGUAGACACAGACACCACCACUGGGCAGAGUGUACCAGCCAUCAUUGGGACCAUCCCAGAGGAGACUGUGGAGGAUAUCAAAGUGAGAACAUGUUUUGUCAGUGACCUGCAGAGAGGACUCAAUAUCCAAGAAGCCAAAUUUAACUUGGAUGGAGCAGCAGAGCGUCCAGCUCCUCCUCCAGAUGUUGAAUAUCCACUGGAUGGGGAGAAAAUCCUGCACAUCAAAGGAUCAAUCAGGGACUCUGUGAUGGAGAUCUUGUUUGAACAGGACAACGAGGAGAAGAGUGUGGCCUCAUUGAUACUUGACGCUCUGGUCAAGUGCCCCAUCGACACCCGUAAAGUGCUCUCUGAGAACCUGGUGGUGAUCGGAGGCACGGCCAUGCUGCCGGGCUUCCUGCACCGUCUGCUGGCAGAAAUACGCCUCCUGGUGGAGAAGCCCAAGUACAGCAACGUGCUGGCCAGCAAGAGUUUCCGAAUACACGCUCCGCCAGCUAAGCCAAACUGCACCGCUUGGCUUGGAGGUGCGAUCUUCGGGGCCCUUCAGGACGUCCUGGGAAGCAGGUCGGUGUCACGGGACUACUACAACCAAACAGGUCGCAUCCCAGACUGGUGCUGCCUGAGCUCCCCUCCACCCGAGUCUCUGUAUGAAGCAGGAAAGACUCCUCCUCCACUAAUGAAGAGAGCCUUCUCCACAGAGAAGUAGAGCAUUCUGCAAAAAUCAUGUUCUCUCCUUCUGCCUAUUAGAUCUAUACAUUUAACAUCUCAUCAAAAUCUUGUGAGUUUUUUAAAUACACCUACGGCUCUAAAUGUUUGUCAUGUCCAGUAGUCACACUUACAUUUUUGUGUGCAGUGAUUGUGGACUGUUUGAUGGUCAGACGAGCAGGUUCUUGACGGACAGAACCCAAUGGGGUUUAGGUGAUUACAUGAAGUAUUAGAGUUUUAAGGUUUCAAACUGUCCUUCUGCUGCAUGCAGCCAGGUCAACUGUUGAAGAAUCAUUGAGCAAGGAGGUGAAGAUGUAUGUUUUUACUCUUAAUCCCACUCAAGUUUGUUCUGGUUUUGGUUGAAUCAUAUUCAACAGAAAUGUUUUAAUACCCUACAACCAGGUCAGGUUUGACUUUUCCAUUUGUUUCAAAAUGUCACUAAACACUAGAGAAACAUUCCAGUGUCAUGUCAUCAAAUGUGAAGAUACCACUCUGAAGUGGUACCACUUGACUUUAAAAAAAAAAGGAAAAAAACUGUUUGAUUUAUUUAUUUGCACAUGGCAAUGUCAAGUCAUUUAAUCACGUUAAAGGCCCUGCAGACACAUAGACAGCUACUCAUGGUUAUCAGUAACUUGCUCUAGCAUCAGAACAAACAAGAGACUCAGUUCAGAGAAACAGUUCUAUUCCAACUAAAUAAUCGGAAGCACUUGUAAAUGUGUUGAUCAUUGUUGUGUACAAACUGUAAAACACAUUUCAAACAAUGACAUGUUGCUCUGUAACCCUCAAAUUCAACGAAUAAAUAUUCAGAAUUUAA